UGGAGCGCUUAAUGCAUAUAUAAACUCGGCGCUGAUUCGGUGCUAAUCACAGUUUGUCGCUUGCGCUUGUGCCUUAACAGUUCACACCGAAGGGGUACCGUUCCGAACCGAUCCGAUCCGAUAGUUUUGUUUUCUGUCAACAACAUAUAACAUAACCGAUAUCAAGAUGAAACUGUUCGUCGCCGUUGCUCUGGCCUUGUUCGCGGUUGCCGCCGCUCAGGAGAAGUACACCACCAAGUACGACGGUGUUGACCUGGAUGAGAUCCUCAAGUCGGACCGCCUCUUCAACAACUACUACAAGUGUCUGAUGGAUCAGGGCCGUUGCACCCCCGAUGGCAAUGAGCUGAAGCGCGUCCUGCCCGAUGCCCUCAAGACGGACUGCGCCAAGUGCAGCUCGAAGCAGCGCGACGGAACCCAGAAGGUCGUCAACUACCUGAUCGAUAACCGCCCCUCGCAGUGGAAGAACCUGCAGGCCAAGUACGACCCGGAGAACAUCUACGUCGAGAAGUACCGCACCGAGGCCAAGAAGGCUGGCAUCAAGCUGUAAAGUAGAGAGCGAGCGAUCGUUCCAAGCUCCACUUGGCCGCAGCUGGACUGAGACUGAGACGCACCGGAAGGAGAAGCCUCAACAAACAAAAAACACACACACAACAAGUCCUACUAACUAAGAACACUAACAUCCCUCCGUAUGCAGUGGCAUGAACAUAAAAGGAAGCCGUAUUUCGGGCAACCCGGCAGCCUGGACGUGGAAGACAAAUAUUUUUUUUUUAUAAAAAUUUCCCUCUAUCUGUGAUCAAACAGCUGUAAACGUUUGCAAACGGUUCGGGUUUUGCCGAAGGGUGGUGGUAUCGGAAGUAUGCCGCAAAGGGUUGCCCGAAUCGGUUUUAAGGUUUUUCUGUUUCUGUGAAAACUAUUAUUUUUUGUAAGUUAAAAAUAAAACAAACCUAAAAAAUUA